CUUGGAAAACUGUUACAUUGUAUAUACAGAUGUUUUUCAUAAUUUCCAAGUUUCUAUUUCUGAGAAUAGAUGAGCGUGUCAACUUGUUCUCAAGUAACAGAGUACGAAGCAAGUUUUCGGGUAUGGUAAAAAACCGAAUAAAAGACUUGCAGCAACAAAGAAACGUCCGCAAUCAUUGCUGUAAGAAGUUUUAUGGAAAAAUCACAAAUUUGGAAAUUUUGGUAGACCGUUAUCUUCAACGGAAUUCGGAAGCAAACUUUCUAGCCUGACUUGGCACUGUCAAUUCCAACUAUAACAAUGCCUUGGAAGGCUACACUUUCCCUUUCAAGAUGACCUAUGAAAACAGAGUAACAUGUUCCAUAUCAAACACCGAGCCAUUCAAAGGAGAGCACCUAAUAAGUUUGCUGUAAAGACUUGUUCGUUCGCUGCUCUAGUAAAAGAACAAAAGGUAAAAAAUCCAGGAUAUUCUAAAAGCAAGCUGGGAAUGAAAGGCGGUAUAAGACAAACAGACAGAACAACGGUCAAGUAAACGAACAAAUUUUACAGUCAAGCUGACUGAAUAUCCAAUCUUGUUUUGUUGAUAGCAAGUUUGGAUUUUUCUCUCUUAAAUCCUAGUCAAGUCCUGAUAGUGAGACAUUACUAUAUCUUGUCAAAUGUAAUAUCAAAUCAUCGUUUCACAAAAAAGACAGUAAAAUCUUAUACAAACAGAAUUGCAAUAAUAGUUCUUAGAGAUAAACCAUAUACCUCUUCUAUCAAUAUAGAACAGCUUAUAUAUUCUCAUUAACUUCUGUAGUUCCUCAAAAAAUACAAUGUCUUAAUACACUGUUGCGAAAUAGAAGAAUUUCUAUCUCUUCUAUCAGUUACUUUGGAGUGAUUACAUUAGUGUUUCUGUAUCGUUGUGAACGAACAUAAAAUCGAUCCAUAAAUC